UCCACUCCUCUGCUGCUAAUUCACUCGUUUUAUUUUGGCAUUCCUUCCUUGACGUUCGUUUGUUUCGCUCUUUAGACGACAUCCAAUGAGUAUCUCCAUUCGCUGCAUUCCCCCAACGAGCUGUUUGCCGCCAGUGCGAUCAAUCCGUGGAGCUACCGAUGAGCAGAUCAGGAACGCUUUAUGCAAUCUUCGACAGCUAUACUGUCCGCUCCGCCGCUUAUCCGUCUCGCUUCAUAGUAGGAAGGAUGCCAAAGCCGUGAUAUCGCAGGUUCUACAACCGACGGACUCGGGCUAUGCUUCGCAAGAUGAUGAUGAAGACGACGAGACAUCCGAGGUAGAAGACACCAAUGCGACCCUGCGCGCUGACACAUUCGAGCGUGACUUUGCUGUGCGAUGGCUGACCGCACUCAUCGCACGCGCCGAAGAACUCUCUUUCGACCCGGAUCUCGUAGACGAGGCCGCCUUCAUCCUCGCUUCAUUCAGUGACAUCGAAGACGAAGGCCCCGACCAGGCACUAACCCGUGAUUUCUGUUUCCCGUCACUUUUUCACUCUUCCGCAUCCACAAAGAUCGAAGUCCGCCUCAAUGAUGCGCCGCUGUCGACCACUGAUCACACAGACGUCGGACUUCAAAGCUGGGGCGCAUCAAUCAUACUUUCUGACAUGAUGUGCGCAUCUCCAGGUCGCUUCGGCCUUGAGAAACUGGACCCUGGAUGUACGAUCGUGGAACUGGGUGCUGGGACAGGACUCGUUAGCCUCACUCUCGCUAAAAUGCUACAACAAUCGUACAUCACCGACGCAACGUUGGUGGCUACAGAUUAUCAUCCCGCCGUUCUCCAAAACCUUGACCGCAAUAUCCGGACGAACUUUCCUUCGAAUGAUACGGCGCCUGUCAAGGCUAUGAUGCUCGAUUGGUCGGCUCCGGUUCUGGCUCCUCCACUGGACAAACCUGCCAGCAUGGUGGUGGCAGCGGAUGUCAUAUACGCUCCUGAACAUGCCACAUGGUUGAGAGAUUGUGCUGGUCUCCUAUUGGGUGGAGACUGUCACUUUUGGUUGAUCGUCACCGUGCGCACGGUAGGGAAAUUUGAGGGGAUCGCAGAUACUGUUGAGACUGCAUUCUCCGCAGCGGACUGUCCGAAGAAGAAUGGGAAGACUCUACAAAUUCUAGAAAAGGAGGUGUUAGAGAAGAGAAAGGGCAUUGGCCGCGGAGAUGAAACGGCGUACAAUCUCUAUAAAAUUGGCUGGAGGGAGUGACUG